AUGUGGGACCGGCUGCGGGGCAGUCGGGCGGCGGGCGGCGGCCGGAGCGCGGCCGCGAUGGCGCAGCGGGGCGAGAAGGGGCCGGCGGCGGCGGGCGAGGGCGAGCCGCGGGCCGGGGCCGGGGCCGGGGCCGAGGCCGAGCGGGGUCCGAGCGGGGCCGCCGCGCCCUUCCAGCCCCCCGAGGGCGGCUUCGGCUGGGUGGUGGUCUUCGCCGCCGCCUGGUGCAACGGCUCCAUCUUCGGCAUCCACAACUCCUUCGGGAUCCUCUACAUGAUGCUGCAGAGCGAUCUGGGCGAGGGGAAGAAGGACCCCGCGCUGGAGUUCAAAACAGCAUGGGUCGGCUCCUUGGCCAUGGGCAUGAUUUUUUUCUGCUCUCCCAUCGUCAGCAUCUUCACCGACCGGAUCGGCUGCAGGACCACAGCAGCCUCGGGAGCUGCCAUCGCCUUCAUUGGACUCCUCUCCAGCUCCUUCACCAAGUCUCUGGAAGUUCGUUAUUUCACGUACGGGAUCCUCUUCGGCUGUGGCAGCUCCUUCGCCUUCCAGCCCUCGCUGGUCAUCCUUGGCCACUACUUCAAGCGCCGCCUUGGCUUGGCCAACGGCAUCGUGGCCGGCGGCAGCUGCCUCAUCUCCGUUCCGCUCCCCUUCUUCCUGAAGAUGGUCGGGAAGGCCAUUGGGCUGGCGCAUACUUUCCAAGUACUCAGUGCCUUAAUGCUCAUCCAGAUAUUCUUGUCCCUGACCUAUCGGCCCAUCUUGCCACCUUCUUGUGACUCUCAGCACGACGGGCAGGACAAGCUGGGCAGCCGGAGCAUGCGGCAGCAGUGCUGGUCCCAGACGCGCAAGUAUUUCAACCUGAGGGUUUUCCGGAGAAAGACCUAUCGGAUUUGGGCCUUUGGGAUCGCUACUGCUGUCCUGGGAUAUCUCGUACCUUACAUGAACCUGGUGAAAUACGUGGAGAAGCGAUUUCAAGAAACCAAAAAGGACUGGAUCCUCCUGGUUUGCCUCGGAGCCAUGUCAGGGCUGGGGCGCUUGGUUUCAGGCCGCAUUGGCGACUGCAUUCCUGGGCUGAAGAAGAUUUACCUGCAGGUUGCGUCCUUUGUGCUGUUGGGCCUCCUGUGCAUGAUGAUCCCCCAAUGCCGAGGGUUCGAGGGCGUCAUUGUCAUCUGCCUCUUCCUCGGCCUUUGCGAUGGCUUCUUCACCACCAUCAUGGCCCCCAUCGCCUUUGAGCUGGUGGGGCCCAUGCAGGCGUCCCAGGCCAUAGGGUACCUCAUGGGGCUGAUGGCUGUGCCCAUGACCGCGGGUACGCCGAUAGCAGGAUACCUCAAUGAUUAUUUUGGGAAUUACGAUGCGGCCUUUUAUUUUGCCGGAGUCCCCCCCAUCAUCGGCGGCUUGGUGCUCUCCGUCGUCCCGCUGGUCCAUCAGAGGAUGCUGAAGAAGCAGCGGCUGGAUUCUGGCAAAGACAAGAUGCUGGUCUCGGAGGCGGUGGUGAACGGGGAGCUGCUGCCGGGCUGUCCUGCCUCCGAAGCACACAUGUAACACCUCCGCUCACCAACACUCACUGUCGCCACCAGCAGCCUCUCCAUAGCCCAAGCACAGGCCCUUUUCUAGACGGACUGUAAUUCUCAAUGAUCGCAGAUGCACUAUGUUUGUAAAGGAAAAAAAAACCCACAAAAAGGUCUUCUAGUUAAAGGCUUUUAACUAGCAGAAACGCUCUUUUUCGGGACAGUUUUGAUUUCAAAGCCACCUUUUUUUUUCCUCUAACCAUUUUUCUAAGGAGAACUCUCACCAGGAUUCAAACUUGAUUGAUCUCCCGCUCCUCUCCUCAGUUCUCUAUACGUCACGACAGAGGUUUACAGCUAAUAAAUGCCUUUUUAAAGCAGGCCACGGAUGGAGCUUGUUGAACCUUGCAGCGGUCCAUCCUUCUCCUCUGGUGUCACUUGGGUGUCACGUCCAAGCAAGACAGCCCCCUCCCUGGCCAGCACCAGAGGCUGUUUUGGAGCCAACAGAUCUGAAGGAGGAAACGCUGCUUUAGUCCGGUGCAUAAACCAAAUAAAUGGUCGGCGAGUCCCUCUUUAAUCUUCUUCUCUCCUCCUUUUCCGCUGCUCUCCCACACACCCAGGGAGCUGCAGCUGGGACGAUGGGGAGCUCGGCCGGCUCCAGUCCUGCCGCCCUCAUCAAACGGAGCCACGUGGGAGCACCCCCUUCCUGCAAAACAUGCCUUAAAAACGCGUGGACAAGACCAGCAGGUCCCUCGGCCACUUUCCGCCUCCGUUUUCUCGCCCAGCAACUAAUGAUUGGGCUUUUGAGGUGCAAAAGAGAGGGGCAGCUCCCAGUGCAGCCCACUGGCGGCUGGCUCUGCAAGGCGAAAACUGUAGGCAAGCUGCCGAGACGGGCACUUCGGAGGCGUCGAGGCACGCAGGGUCGGGACAGAGCCCCAUGUGUCAUGGGUGCUCUCCGUGCUGGGAGGCAGCUUCCCUGCGCCCAGAGAUGCGGGGAUGCAGCCAACUUGGGACACAGGGGCACCCGCGGAUGCGGGGAUGCAGCCGGCUCGGGGCACAGGGUGCCACCGCUCUUUUUUGGGGCCGGUUGUGUAUUAUGCAGCAAUAAACGUGAGUCAGUAUUGGCCGGGGAAGCUCAGUGUUUCCAAAGGGUUUAAAAGCCCUAGCAGUGUUUAACUUGUAGCCCGUGCGUUGCCGUGCAGAGCCGGUGCAGGGUCAGUGCCGUCCCCGGGGGGAGAGGGAGAGAGCUCAAGAAAAUAGCACAGCCCGUGGGUACCCACCACACAGAGCGAAGGCAGAGCUCAGCCGUGUGUAGAAAUUCAUCACCUCCAGGCAUUGCUAAUGAGCGUGGCACAGAGCAAGGGAAGUCCUCCUGCCCCGUGGGUCCCCAUGUGAACAAGGUGCCGGCUGGGACCGGGGUACCUUUUCCUGGGAAUAAUAACCCAGGAGAGAGCAAGGAACAAAGCUCGCAUUUAUCCUGGCUGCAAAACCAUCCUUCAUUGGAUUUUCAUUUUAUUCACCUGCCACUAAAAAAUGAGAAGCCUAAAGAGGGACGUGUGCCAUGGGAAUCAGCCCUCGGUCCCUGGGCGAGUAGGGGGGUUUGUAACACCAAGACAAGUCUUUGCUGGGGAAACUUGGUUUCAGUGGAGGACCCUUCCCGCGGGCAGCGGCGGGACCUUUGUAUAUAGGCUCAGGGUUCUGCAUGCCCCUCUGGCCCUGUUUUUAAUCCAUGUUGGCUAAUGCAUUAUAAGGUCUUGUGGUCUUGUGGCCCUUCUGUCCCCGUACGAGCUGGAAAAUUAACUGAUGUGUUGUGACGUGUCUGUUUUUGACUAUAAAACGAGAUGUCCGUUUGUCUCUUUCUUCGA